UGACUCACUGGCGAAGAGUAGACUAACGCAAAGAACACUUUUAUAAUUUUUGAAAAAAAUAAAAUAACAAGAAUGUUUGCGACUUUAUGGAAAUUACAAGACAUCGACCCAGGUUGAUUCUUUAUACAUGGACAACGUUUUAUUAUGGGGUCUACACAUGAACAACAUUUGCGAAAUCCGCGUUACAGAGACUGGGUAAAAGCGGGUCUUGCUUUAAAAUAUCUUAAAGAUGGAAUACAGGAAUUCGUAAAUGAUGAGGUCAAGGAUCAACAAAGGUUUAUAUUGGAGGAAAUCCGAGAAGAAAUUGGAAACUCUGACGCCACCUGUAACGAAUGUCCGAUUGACAUAUUGCUUCCAGCUCAUCCACGCGGCAGCUGUGGACUAGGACCCCGGUGUUUUUGUCAUAAAACACAACAAAGGCGAAGACCUUGUCCGAAUGAUGUCUGUGGCAGAAUAUUUGAUAGAAUCGUACAGCAACACAUGCAUGGUAGACCGUCCUGGGGAAACACGGACUCUACAAAAUGGUGCACGAGUCACUGGGAGAUUGCAAAGUGUUUUCUAGACGGUGGAGGAUAUGAAGAUAAAGUUAGCGCUGCCAACACCGACUGCAAGGGUCUUCUUAGUGUGGUAACAAACAACAUGUUUAUACAGAAAAGCGUUGAUGCACCGAUUGACAAAAUCGAACCAAAAACUGACGUUUUCUCUAAGACCAAGGAGGCUAGGAACGAGAUCCUUCACCUUGCAUCGCUCGAGCUCCCAGACGGAAAGCUAGAUGACUAUGUUGAUGUUAUGAUACAGUUGCUUGGAGACAAAGGAAAGCUACACGAACAUGAACAAGCAAAACAAGCAAUAUCUGCACUUAAACAAUUGAAAGAAAAAAAUCUGAAUAUUAGCACUGAAGACGAAUGGGAAAUUCGUGAAUCGGCUUUAAAAGCAAUUCAAGAGAAGAAACAAGACGCCCUUGAUGAAAUAGACGAGAAACAAAGAGAAAUGUUUGAGAAACUUCAGAUCGGACAACUUCAAGACACCCUUAGUGAACUUUCUAAAACAACUGAAGAAGCAACACAGUCGUUGUCAAAUCGACAGGAAUCGUUGUCAAACCGACAGGAAUCGUUGUCAAAUCGACAGGAAUCGUUGUCAACCCGACAGGAAUCCUUAGAACAAAGGCAGGCACUGUUAGAGAAAACAGUUGAACAGAUACAGGAGUUGCAGUCAGAGUCAUCAAAGCAAAUUGGUGAUUUGCACCAGGCAUUGUCAGACUUGAAAACAAGACUAAAUUCAUCUGACGAAGUGGAGUUGCUUCAUAAAAAGAAGCUUGCCUACCUUAAGCGAAAGAAAGACUUAAAAGACGAGCUGAGCUGUUUGUAUUCCAAACACUUGUCAACAAUACCCGUACCUCCACUGCUAAAGAAACUUGAUCUAAGAGUGGACGACUUUUACAUGGAAUUGGAAAUUUGCGAAGAUCAAGAGUACGAAAGCAAAAGUAACAAGGACUCAAAACAAGCUGGCAAGAACAUUGUUAGAAACUACAAAGAUAUUUUCUACAAAGAAAAAAAGAGAGUAGAAAAUAUCUAUGUUUUAGGAGAUGCUGGGGUAGGGAAGUCAACCUGGUGUUUGAAACUGAUAGAUACUUGGCUUAAAGCUAAUAAGCCAGAAGGAAAAUCAACAAAUGAGACAAGUCUGAAUGAAAAAUUGAUGCUUCAGUUUGAAGUUGUUUUGUUUGUUUCUUUAAGACAUGCCUCAAAGGAAAUGGAUCUAAUUGAUAUGAUUCGUAACCAGAUAUUUCUUCAAACACCUGAUUUACUUGUUGAUACACAGGAAGUUUUAAAAGCAGAGCCUGAAAAAUGUCUUGUUAUUAUUGAUGGUCUUGAUGAGUGGAAUCCGCCUGAUGAGCAGAUGUCAUCACCUUUAGGCCAGGAUCCUUCAUUUCCAGGCCGGAAAGACAUGAACCACUGCACUGUCCUUACCACUACUAGACCUUGGAAGUUGGAUGAAAUCAGGUCUAGCUGUUCAUUUAUUGACAGAGCUGUUGCAAUAAGAGGUUUCAUAAACAGGGACAUUAGUGACUUUGCUGGAAAGGUUAUCAAAAAGCUCAAUCAAAAAACAUCUACUGAAAUUGCUUCCAAUGAAAGACAUAUAGAAAAUAUAAAAGACUUCGAAAUGGAAGUACAAAAGCGGUUUCACACAAGAUAUUAUUUUCCAGAUUUGAUGAAAAUACCUUUUAUUGUGAUAUUCAUGGUUCUCAAGUGGUUUAAAGAUGGCUCAUUGGAAAGUACAAUGGCUGGUAACUAUUCCUCUUUGUUAGAAAAUAUGCUUGAACACGAGGAAGGCUAUCGAAAUUUACAACCAAGAUAUGGACAGAAACGUAAAUAUGAUGGCAGACUCUCCUGUGUACCAUAUUUAGAAGAGGCAAAGGCUGAAUGGUCAAAAGAACUUGACACACUUCCAGACUGCAUAAAGAAACAUCCUAUUUGUAGACAAUACAGUGGCCUUAUACUGAAGCUCUCUAGAAUUGCAUUUGAAGGAUUAUUUGAAAAAAAAGGCAACACGCUCAUAUUCAUUGAGGAGGUGCUUCUUAAAAGCCUUUCUCCAGAAGAACUUGAAGUAUCAGUAAAAUCUGGGUUAUUGUCUAAAACAAAUGACAUUGGUGGCCCAAGUAUUGGAAUGUCGAAAUUCUCAUUUUUACAUAAAACAGUACAAGAGUAUAUGUCUGCUAUUUAUCUUGUUGCUCAUGAAAAUGACAAUGACAGUAAACCAUUUCAGAUACUUGAAAAAUAUUGUAUAACGUACCAGAAAAUAUAUGAAAUGGAAAAUGUGAUACUGUUUGUAUGUGGACUGAGUACUGGUGUGGCCAAGAAAAUACUGAAACAUGUCUCCAAUGUUGAACAUAGCAGAAUGUGCUUCAAUGAACAUGACAGAUUUUCACCUGAUCCUUUUUGUGACUGGUUAAAAGAGCUUAGAGAAACAGCACCUGGAGUGUCCAUGCCAGAGGUACCUGUAAGCUCAAUCAUUUGUAGUUGGGGGGAUCCUGUUAAAGAUUUUCUUGAUUUUCUGGGGGAUCCUGUUAAAGAUUUUCUUGAUUUUCUUGAUAACUUGUGGGAAACAAACACAGAUAAUAUCAAAUACAUAGACAUAUGUGCGAUAUCUGAAAUAUGUAUGAAACCCCCCACUUUCCUGUUUCCAAAUCUAACAACACUUAAGCUGCAGAGGAUCACACUACAAUGUAUUUGUACUAGAACAAAAUUCCAACUCAAAAGUCUGAGAAAUUUGUAUUUAAGUGAUGUUUCUUCCAAGGAACAUACAUGUAACUGUAAUACUGUUAAGUUUGCACAAGGAGUACUUGAUUUUUCAGAGAGCACAAACAUUGAAAAAGUUGAAAUUAAUACAAUCUUUUCAUGGGAACUGGUCUUCCCUGGAAAUAAAUUAAAAGAGCUGAAACUUGAGCAUCUGAAUUCGUGCCAUCUCCUAGUACAUUCAGGUACUGCUGUUCAGAAAACAGAACAUAAAAUAAGAAAAGUCAGCUGUUUAGCACUUAGACCAAGUAAUUCUACACUCAACUGUGUUUACCAAAGGAUCAACUGUAUUGACAUAAAAGAAUGUGUAGACUUUAAUCUUCAUCUCCACAGUUCCUUCAAUUUGGAAGAAGCAGAUAUCACAGUAGAAUCAGCACAAGUUUCCUCUUUACAUUGCAAGGGAAAAGAGAGAUAUAAAUGUCAAGUAGAAGUAGUUUCAAAUAUCCCAAUAGAAUCUGUAUCUUUAGAUAGAAUAGAAAAAAUUCCAAAUAUACCAUGGGAAAAAGUUAAAAGUGUGGUUUUGAAACGAUUGCAAACUACAGAUAUAUAUAUAGACAUUCUCGAAAGAUUGUACAACUCUGAAAGCCUCCUGUCUUUGCAUUGUACAGGGCAUACAUGUACUAAAAACUUAGUAUCAGUAUUAGGGAACACACUGGAAUCAGCUAGUAACAUUGAAACUUUGAUGAUUACAGGUAACUGUUAUAAAUUAAACCUUGAUAGAAUUAAACAUCUUAAACAUCUUAAACUUCAAGGUAAAAGCAUGGGAACUGAUAUUAGCGGAUGCAAUAAUGUUGAAUCUCUCCUGCUGAAAAAAUGUCCUCACCAAUUCUCGAGAAAAGCAUUUUACAAUUACUUUGACGAAACACAUAGAAAAGUUAUUUAUUCAGUGUCAAAUUAUAAAGCAGAGUUUCAUACAGAGGCUAUUUAUUCAGUGUCACGUCUUGUUAAUCUGAGAUGUCUGAAAUGUAUGGGAUUUACUGAAUAUGAUUUCAGUACGUUAGGGGAAUGCUUCCCAUUUCUUCCUAAUCUUCAGGAGCUUGAACUGUCACAUUUUUUGUGGGAAAAGGUUAAGAACCCGUUUAUAUUUUCUUGCUUAGAAAAUAUUAAGAAUUUGAAAAUACUGUCCUUGGUGCGUUUAUUUCCGUGUGUAACAUUUACAGUAGCAAAGACUUUCCAUCAGUUAGAAUUAGAGGAAGUAAAAAUUAUUCACUGUUCAGAUGUUUUUAAACGGGAAUUUAAUACCAGCUUUUUGAAAAUAAUGCAGUCACUUCAGAGUCAGAAAAUGCUAAAAAAGGUGACUGUAGUUGAGGAGGAAACACAUUGUUUAUCUACCUUCAUUUCCGCAAUUGAAAAACUGAAUCAGAUAGAAUCUGUAACACUAAUAAAAGGGAACAAAUAUAAAAGUUAUAAAGAAAGGACUUUGAUGCCUUUCAUCAAUCUGCAUGGAUUAACCAAGCUUGAAACACUUGUGUUGGGACGGUUUUACAUUGAAGAACAAACCUGGCAAGCAUUUGUUAAGAGUAUGCCUAUUGAUGGUCAGCUUCAAACAGUGGAAUUUCAUGGUGCUGAGAUAUCACACGAAGAAACAGAGGAAUUAAUAAAGUCUACUUCAGUAUUUGAAAGUCAAGAAUGGGAAUGCACUGGGCGUUACACCUAUAAUAUUGUUCUCAAAACAAAGAAAAACAAUAGGGAGAAGAAUAAAUUAAAAAAACAGGAAGGCCAUGAUGGCCCUAUAUAUCGCUCACCAGAGUUGACCUACUGACCUAGUUUUUGACCCCACAUGACCAAGAGUUGAACUUGACCUAAAGAUCAGCAAGACAAACAUUCUGAUUAAAUUUCAUUAAGAUUUGGUUACAACUGUGGCCUCUAGAGAUUUCACAAGCUUUUCCUUUGAUUUGACCAGGUGACCUAGAUUUUGACCCCACAUGACCUAGAUUCAAACUUGACCUAGAAAUCAUCAAGCAAAACUUUCUGACUAAGUUUCAUAAAUAUUGGACACUACUGUGACCUUUAGAGUGUUCACAAGGUUUUCAUUUGAUUUGACCAGGUGACCUAGUUUUUUAUCCAACUUGACACAGUUUCGAACUUGACCUAGAGAUCAUCUAGACUAACAUUCUGACCAAGUUUUGUAAAGAUUGGGUCACAAAUGUGGUCUCUGGAGUGUUCACAAGGUUUUCCAUUGAUCUGAAGUAGUGACCUAGUUUUUGAUCAAACAUGACCCAGAUUCAAACUUGACCUAGAGAUCAUUAAGACUAACAUUCUGACCAAGAUUCAUAAAGAUUGGGUCAAAAUGUGGUCUCUAGAGAGUUCACAAUGUUUUCCUUUGAUCUGACCUACUGACCUAGUUUUUGAUCCCACAUGACCCAGUUUCGUACUUUAUCUAAAGAUCAUCAAGACUAACAUUCUGAUCAAGUUUCAUAAAGAUUUGGUCAAAAUGUGGUCUCUAGAGCGUUCACAAGCUUUUCCUUUGAUCUGACCUACUGACCUAGUUUUUGACCCCACAUGACUCAGUUUCGAACCUGAUCUAGGGAUCAUCAAGACACACAUUCUGACCAAGUUUCAUAAAGCUUGGGUCAAAAAUAUGAUCUCUAGAGUGUUCACAAGCCUUUUCCUUUGAUCUGACCUUCUGACCUAGUUUUUGACCCAACAUGACCUAAGAGAUCAUCAAGACUAAUAUUCUGACCAAGUUUCAUAAAGAUUGAGUCACAAAUGUGGUCUCAAGUGUUCACAAGCAUUUCCUUUGAUCUGACGUAUGGACCUAGUUUUUGACCAACAUGACCCAGUUUCGAACUUGACCUAGAGAUCAUCAAGACUAACAUUCUGACCAAGUUCCAUAAAGAUUGAGUAAAAAAUGUGGUCUCUAGAGUGUUCACAUGCUUUUCCUUUGAUCUGACCUGGUGACCUAGUUUUUUAACCCACAUGACCCAGUUUCAAAGUCGACCUGGAGAUCAUCAAGAGUAACAUUCUGACCAAGUUUCAUAAAGAUUGGGCCACAAAUGUGGUCUCUAGUGUUCACAAGCAUUUUCUUUGAUCUGACCUACUGACCUAGUUUUUGACCCCAUAUGACCCAGUUUCGAACUUGACCUAGACAUCAUCAAGACUAACAUUCUGACCAAGUUUCAUAAAGAUUUGGUCACAAAUGUGGCCUCUAGAGUGAUCACAAGGCAAAUGUUGACGCACAAGGGAUGCCGGACAAUGGCAGGUCACAAUAGCUCACCUUGAGCACUUUGUGCGCUGGUGAGCUAAAAAGUAGUGUACACACAAUUGUAUACCUUGCUCUAAACACUAUGUUUAGUGUUUAACUGUACUAGAAAAUAUAAAUUAAUAAAUAUAUAUACUAAAUUUAUAUAGCUAUAUCUGAAAUAGAAAAUAAAAUUCUUUGAGACGAUACUGGUUUCUAAGUAUUUGUAUAUGGGAAUUAUUGUUAUUGAUGUAUUAUUUACAACAAUAAAAUC